UCAGAAAAAAAAAAAAAAAAAAACAAUACAGCUUUUUUGCUCUGUGAUUUUGUUAGCUUCUGUUUGCAGUUUUUUGUCAAAUGAAAUGAUUUGUGCAGUUAUUGUGCACAGUGUGUUUGUUUCUGUAAGUUGUAUGCAUGUGUGCUUUGUACAUGGGUGUAAAGAUGAUCCAUUUUCUGCUGCGUGUGGUCUUUGUUAUAGGAGAGGGGCAUAAUAACCUCCAGAUCUUCCAGGGUUCAAAAAAUGAUCUGUCUAAUUCCUCUGCACUGUUCUUCUGUUGCUCUUUUCAAGGUCCAGUUUGAAAAGGAAGAUUGAACAGGAAGGCUGAUGUUUCAUACCCUUGUCUUGCCCCUGAUUCUACCUGAAACUCAACUCUGAGAACACAUCAUGAUGGAAGGUGAUUCCAGACCUUGUCUUGACAUUUUAUGUGAAAAUGAAUGUGUAAAUGCAGAAAAGGAUACCAAAGCCUGUAAAUCAGAAGAAGAAUACUUUUACAGAGGGGGAAAAGUCUCAUGGGUAAACUUUCACCUGUCUGAGAUGCCAGGAUCCCAACCUUUUAUCAAAAGGGAUAAGUAUGAAGAUCUGAAAAACCUAACUGAGAAACAAAGCAAUCUUUCCAGAUGUUUAGGGUGCGUGAAUUUAUUUCAUUAUCCAGGUUGUGGUGGAACAACUUUAGCAAAGCAUGUUUUGUGGGAUUUGAGGAAAACAUUCAAGUGUGCCGUGCUUAGCAAUAACCUCGCUAAGGCAGUUACCAUUGCUGGUCAGGUGACAGACUUAUACAUGAAGGGCGAAAGGAAACAGACUGUACUCCUUUUAGUAGAUGAUUUGGAAGAAUAUGAAAAUAUUUACGAACUACGAAAGUGCAUCCUGGAUGAAAUCGAACAAAAAAACAUGAAUCCUAAAAGCCCAGUGGUUAUAAUAUUAAGCUGCAUAAGAUCUGAGAAUCCUCCAGAAAGCAUGAACACAGAGAGUGUGUGCAUAACCAACAAACUGUCAGAGAAAGAGCAAUCCUUAUUUGAGAAAAAAUUACAGGCAAUACAAGAAUCUCAUGCAAAUCACGAAACGUUCUAUGGUUUUCUGAUCAUGAAAAAUAAUUUUCAAGAAAGCUAUGUUAAAGAUGCCGUCCAUAAAACAUUCAAAGACCUACAAGUCAGCAGUAAAAAAGCAAAGCUAAUUUCCUUUCUAGCCUUGUUGAAUUCUUAUGUAUCCAAUUCUUCGCUGUUGGGGUCUGUUUGUGAGAGUUUUUUACGAUCUAAAGAUCCACUGCAUGGUAAUAAACCUUUGGAAGAACAGAUGAAUCCUUAUUCUGGUCUUUUAAUUUGUUUUACAAAUUCAGAGAAGACAAAGAGAGUUCGCUUGGCUCAUAAAAUGAUUGCCACUCAGUGUUGUGAAGAGCUGAAAACAAAACAACGAAGCAGAAGCAAGAUUACAAAAGACUUGCUCUCAUCUUUGUUUGUGAAGGAAAUGGAUGCUGAUAAUUUGCUUAUGCGUGACAUCCAAGAAAUGCUGAUCAGAAGGCAAAUAAGUACCAAGUUUUCUCAAUUGAUUGAGUACAUACAGGGGGUUGAGAGAAACAAUUACCAAUGUAUUGAGAUUUUGACCACAGCAGCAGAGUUGUUUGAAAAGAAUGCAGUUAUUCCUCAAGCUCUGGCAAGGUUUUAUUAUAUCAUAGAGAAAAACUUUCCAAAGGCAAUCGAAUGGGCAGAAAGGGCUAAAAAGAGAGCCGGAUAUAAUUCAUUUGUUGCUGACACUUUGGGACAGAUCUACAAAAAUCAAAUGCGCUCUAAAUGUAAACCAGAUCUUAGUCCUGAUGAGUUGGAUGAAUUUCUCCAAGUGGCGGAAAAAGCUAUUGGUGCAUUUCAGGAAGAACAAGAUUUAGCUAAUAAAGAAAGUCCAGCUGACUUAGAAAAUCAGUGGACUAGAAAAAGGCCAAUGAUUUAUAAUACCAGUGGGCUCUUUGGUGAGCUGGAAGUUGCUGGGUGUGUCUUUGACACUCUGUCCAUGUUGUACCCACUCAAAGAGGAAAUGAAGAAAUUCUUAAAAAAUGAUUUGCAAAUUGACAGCAUCUGUAUAAAAGAUUGUAACAAACGGUUCAUUAGAGUACUUAAGAGAAGGCCUUUUCUUUCCACACUAAAAGGCCGUGUUAAAAAGGUCUUUGUUUUCUAUGAGACCUAUCUCACUUACUCCAAACCAAACCAGAUGAAAGAUGAGAAAGAUUAUAUUACCAAAAAAGUGUCUGACUGUUUUCUGAAGUAUACAAGUUCAGAAUGUAGUGGUCAUGUAAAAACCAAAGCUGAGGACGAAAGAAAAUACUUAGAGACACAAAGAGCUGCAAGUUUUCCAGGGCUCCUUCACUGCCUCUGUGAGAGAAGAGACCCUGACACAAUGGAGAACAUUUACCAGAGUUGGCAAUGCAUUUACAAUUCAAGCACAAAAACUAAAGAAGAUGAAUUAAACUUUAUCUUGGCGAACUUUGUCCUUAACUGCAUCAACCCAGAGUCUGAGAAUAUUACAGAUCCCACAGUCCUGGAAGUUAUCCUGAAAGAUGUACUGAAAGAUGAAGAGGAAGAUAAACCUAAACCUUCAGCAGAGAUGUAUUUCCUAGCUUUGCUGCUGCUGUGGCCACAAGAAGGUACCGAGUCAUACGUGAAAAAAAUCUGGAAAGGUUUUGGAAACCACUAUGAAAACUAUCUUCGUUCAAGACUUAUUGUACCUCAUUUCUUCCUUGGACAGUCCUCAGGACUAAACAGAAUUGUUCACAAAUCUAAAAUCGAUACCUGCUUUGCUCAUUUUUCUGUACCAAUAAAUCAACUUUGGCAGAGUGGAGAAGUGUGGAAAAAUGACAAUGUCAAGAGUCUACUGCGUCGUGUAGAUGGCAGAACCGAGGGGCAUAAGGUGUUUGCUCAGUGCGGCAAUGUAAAAAUCAGAGUGCAGCCUGCUAACAGAGAAGACAUAAGAAGAGACAACAAAGUCUCUUUUUUUCUUGGGUUUACCAUUAAAGGGCCAGUAGCAUACGAUAUUCAAUACUAAUGGGGAACCCCUGUAGAGAGUAAGUGAAAUUGUUCAUGACAGAAAAGGCUUCAGUUGUUAGCUUCACACAGUGCUGACAUUAGGGGGGCCUAGCCUUGAGAUCAAUUCUUAUUCGUUAUUGAGCUAUUUACAAAGAAGAAGUUUAUUUAUAUAUUUUUAUGAAUUUCAGUUUGUAAAAUAAAAUGAAAUAAGUUAUACCAAUGUUCAAUAUGGUUGUGCUGAAUAACUGAAGCAAACUUAUUGAGGGCACUUUUUGUAUCAGGAGUUACCUCAUUCCUGAAUAGGGUUUGGGAUAUUAAUUUGACGUGUGUUCAUAUAAUGUGAGUCUUGAAAUGCAGACAUGCGUUUGUUAUUUAUAGAUGUUUUUUGUAUUUGAUAACCUAACAUUAAUUUAAAAAACUUUGAUGCCUCUGAUUAAUUUGUUUGUGUGAAUCAUUUCAAUCUAUAAACUUCAGU